GAGGCGGUAGCGCGGCGGCUGCUCGUUCCGUGCGCGCAGUCGGCGCGGCAGCGUCCGCCCGCCGCCGCCUCAGCGCCCGCCGCCUCGGCGAUGGCAGGAGCCGGGGGCGGCGGCUGCCCCGCGGGCGGCGGCGACUUCCAGUGGUGCUUCUCACAGGUGAAGGGGGCCAUCGACGAGGAUGUGGCGGAAGCUGACAUCAUUUCGACUGUCGAAUUUAACUACUCUGGAGAUCUUCUUGCAACAGGAGACAAGGGCGGCCGAGUUGUUAUUUUUCAGCGAGAACAAGAGAGUAAGAGCCGCCCUCACUCUAGGGGCGAGUACAAUGUUUACAGCACCUUUCAGAGUCAUGAACCAGAGUUUGACUAUUUGAAAAGUCUAGAAAUUGAGGAAAAAAUUAACAAAAUUAGGUGGUUGCCACAACAGAAUGCUGCUCAUUUUCUACUCUCUACGAAUGAUAAAACUAUUAAAUUAUGGAAAAUAAGUGAACGGGAUAAAAGAGCAGAAGGUUAUAACUUGAAAGACGAAGAUGGACGACUCCGAGACCCAUUUAGAAUUACAGCACUACGGGUCCCCAUAUUGAAGCCCAUGGACCUUAUGGUAGAAGCAAGUCCUCGACGAAUUUUUGCAAAUGCUCACACAUAUCAUAUAAAUUCCAUUUCAGUAAAUAGUGAUCAUGAAACGUAUCUUUCUGCAGAUGACCUGAGAAUUAAUCUGUGGCAUUUAGAAAUCACUGAUAGAAGUUUUAACAUCGUGGACAUCAAGCCUGCUAACAUGGAGGAGCUGACGGAGGUGAUCACGGCAGCCGGGUUCCACCCGCACCAGUGCAACGUCUUUGUUUACAGCAGCAGCAAAGGCACCAUCCGCUUGUGUGACAUGCGCUCCUCAGCCCUGUGUGACAGACACUCCAAGUUUUUUGAAGAGCCCGAAGACCCCAGCAGUCGGUCCUUCUUCUCAGAAAUCAUCUCCUCCAUCUCGGACGUGAACUUCAGUCACAGCGGCCGCUACAUGAUGACCAGAGACUACUUGUCCGUGAAGGUAUGGGACCUCAACAUGGAGAACAGGCCUGUGGAGACGUACCAGGUUCACGAAUAUCUCCGAAGCAAGCUUUGUUCUCUGUAUGAGAAUGACUGCAUCUUUGACAAGUUUGAGUGCUGCUGGAACGGCUCUGACAGUGCUAUUAUGACUGGAUCCUACAACAACUUCUUUAGGAUGUUUGAUAGGAACACACGGAGGGAUAUUACACUGGAAGCGUCACGAGAGAACAGCAAACCUCGAGCUGUCCUAAAGCCUCGGAAGGUGUGUACAGGUGGCAAGAGAAAGAAAGAUGAGAUUAGUGUUGACAGUCUGGACUUCAACAAGAAGAUUCUUCACACCGCCUGGCACCCCGUGGAGAACGUUAUUGCUGUAGCCGCCACCAAUAACUUGUACAUAUUCCAGGACAAAAUCAACUAGCGAGCCUCGUUGGAGGACCAUGGCCCAUCUUCCUAGUCAGCCGCUGCUUUCUGCCAGAGAAAAGGCGCUGUUUCCCCUCCGUUCCGGACGGGACAGUGAUGCACCUACUCUUCCCUCUGUGGGCGAGGAGAGCAGGGCCCGGGGCUCCGCCCACAGUUCUGUCUUCAGUGAGGUGACGCAGUGUUGCCCAGAGGAAACCCACUCGAGGCAGAACUAAGGGACGGUGCUCAAUAAAGGCCAUCGUUCAAAAUAAACGUAUUUAUUUACGUCCGUGCCUGUCUUUCCAGUUUAUAGACCCAAAAGCUAACGUUCAGGAGAAAAGUUUUCAAAUAUUUCUUUUUCUCUCCUCCUCCUCCCUCUCUCCGCCAUCACAUUCAGGCCUUCGAGCACACGUGGUGUGCCGUCUGUCCACAGGCUGUGUCUUCCGGCCUCUGAGUUCACACGGGUUUACCCUGACCUCAGGUUCAGGCCUGGGUGGGUGACAGCGGCGGCCACACACCUGCUCACAUGCUGUACCUGCUGUCACACUCUGAGUGGCCACUUAAUAAAAACAGCCAACUGCAGAGAGCAUUUUUAAAUCCAAACACAAGUAACGCCUGUGUUUGCUUCCACUGCAUAUGAUGAAAUUAUGCAGAGUUAUUCUCUGGGACAAUUUGGAAAACUUCAUUCUUAAUUGGCAAAAUGGUGAAAUAUGUGGAGUAUUUCAAAUUUUAAAUGCCUCUGCCCCAAAACUGCCGUGACUUCAUCUCUGCAGAAGUAGUAUAUUUGAUACACCAGGGAAGGUAAAGCCUUCACAGGGGUCGCCUCUGAACAAGAAAGCUGCGAGAGAUGAAAACAGAACUGCUGCUCUGAGUUAACACCCAGUCUGCAGUGUGCGCAGGUUCACUGCAACGGAAUGCUCUCAUGCUUUCUUUUUAAAAAGUACUUUGGAGGGAGACUAGACUUUUUAAGUGUUGCUAAAAUUACAUGCACGCAGAAUUCCGUAUUGCGUAGCUACCAGCCAAGUCCAGCAGUUAGAGCUGUGGGGUGCCACCAGUACCUUGGUGGUUGAUUUUAAAAGUGAAAUCUCUGAUACCCAAAAUUACAGCAGUGUCACUGUGCUGAGUGAUGGCAUCCCAGUCACGCUGGUGGGCCUCCAGGGAGGGGGAGGGGCUUGCACAUUGCAGGGCCAGGACAAAACGCUCCCCACUGCCCUGACUAAUGUUGAUAGAAGACCCACAUGAAGCUAGAAAAUUGAGACUCGAAAAGGACAUUUAUUUUCAUUUAAAAGGCAUUCUAUUAUGUAUCAGUUGUGACACAGGUUACAGGUUUUGGGGUAUGGAAUGGAAUUAUUUAAGCAUCAGCCCUGGUCCUUCACAAAAUAACAAAAAAUAGUUCUAGUAAAAUGGGAUUGUAUAUAUUUGUUCAACUAUUUUGGCCAGAAAGUUGAAUAAAUUUUAAAUGUUUAACUGGA